GUCCAGGACAGGGAAAGCCGGUACAUACCCGGGCCGAGACCCACACUACAAACACAAGAAUAACCCGGAUAAAACCAGCAAAUAGUGAAAACUGGGACGAGCCCCUGUCCGCCUCCGGACCUUCACCCGCACCAUGGUUCAGAAGACGGAGCUCGGGGGGGCGGGGAUCAACACCGCGUCCCGAACUGCGGCCGACCCGGCGGGGAGGCAGCUGCUGGCGGCCUCUGCGUGUAACUCCGUGCCGCUGAAGCCUGACUGGUGUAAGACCGCUACGGGCCACAUCAAGCGACCCAUGAACGCCUUCAUGGUGUGGUCCAAAAUUGAGCGGAGGAAGAUCAUGGAGCAGUCUCCGGACAUGCACAACGCUGAGAUCUCUAAGCGGCUCGGGAAGCGCUGGAAGAUGUUGAAUGACACCGAGAAGAUCCCGUUCAUCCGGGAGGCGGAGCGGCUCCGGCUCCAGCACAUGGCCGACUACCCGGACUACAAGUACCGGCCCAAGAAGAAACCCAAGACGGAAGGGUGCUCGGUGGCUGCGGGGAAACCAGUCGGCGCUCCAGAGCCGGAGAAGAGCGGCUCCAAAGCCGGGGGCAGAACCACCGCCGCCGGGAAGAAACUCCCAAAGUUGAAGCCCAUUAAGCCGGGGGCCGGGGCCGGCGGAGCGGCCACCCACCUACCGCAGCAGCACCAGCAGUACCUGUCCCAGUACCAUCACCAGGACCCCAGGUACCGGUACGUGUUGAACAGCAGCUUCAAACCCAACAAGGUCGUGAAACGGGAGUUUACCGACGACGAGGAGGAGGAGGAGGAUGAAGAUGACUCGUCUUCCUCCUCGGAUGAAGAGGAGGUGGAGGUGGAGGUGGAGGAGAAGCAGAGGGCCGUGGGCAAGUACAGCGUUGCCAAAGUCCCGGACAGAGGCGGCUCCUCCGCCGCCGCAGAGCCUGUGAGGACCGGGACUUAUGAGUCCUCCGGCCGCCUCUUCUUCCGCUUCACCAACAUCUCCCGGCAGGGCGCCCCCUUUACCGCCGCCCCUUCCUCCUACCCGGCCUCCCUCUCACCCGGAGCCUCGUCCAGGUCCGACUCCACGUCGUCCUGCUGCGGGGAGGAGGACCUGGACGACCCCCCUCUGGAGGAUUUCAACCUCAACCUCCUGUCCGGCUUCCACGCCUCCUCCUCCCCCUCAUACGACCCGUUGAACGCGUCCUCGUGCUCGGCCGCGGGGAACGUCAGCCUGUCUCUGAUGGAUAAAGAACUGGACCUGGGCAGCCAGGGAGAACUCGGGUCCCACUUCGAGUUCCCAGAUUACUGCACCCCGGAGCUCAGCCAGAUGAUAGCCGGAGACUGGCUCCAGGCCAACUUCACUGACCUGGUCUUCACCUACUGAUCCUCGGAGGGUGGGUCUCCACUUCCACCACCGGGACCGGGGCGUUGGGGCUGUGCUACCCGGUUUAGGGCGCUCAGAGGCCGAUCAGGACUGGACACACACUGCGGUACUUCUGGAGCAAAAAAAAAAAAAAAAAAAAAAAAGCUCAAUGAAAGGAAAGUCAACAGGGUUUUAUGGAUUUAUUUUUCUGGACCAGAACCUGAACUAUGCAUUCCCGUCCCAACCCAGAAGGACUCUAAUUCAGGACCCAGGACUCUGUUAUUUAUAUUUUCCAGGACAGGUUUUGGUGUGAACUGGUUCAGGUAAACCCAGCUGUGGCAGGAAGCAGCUUUUGAUACUUACAGCCAAACAUACCUCAUCUUUUAAGAUCUAUUUUUGUACAGUCAAAGGAAAAGCCAGGCACUUCUUCUUCCACUUUGAUUUGUUACUGGACAUGUGAGGGUUCAAUUCCUGGCCUCCUGCCUUGCAUCACUGCCUCACUGUUGUUUUAAAGCUGUUUACAGACAGAUAGGGUUCAGGUCUUCAUGUUGUGUAAAGCGUUAAAUUCAGUUUUUAUUGGUGCAAUGAGUCUUGAUGAGCAGGACACCAACUGGAGUUUUCAGUUACUUUUAGAACUUCUCAUCGGCACGGAUCUGUUUUUUUUUUUUUUUUUUUUGUGCUCAUUUUAUUUUUGUGCAAUAUCUAAAAGAAAAGACAAAAUGGACUGAAGGAACAUUCUGAGAUUUUUUGUAGCAGAAGUUAAACCUGCCUGUAUGUGACGACUGAAUAAAUCAGCUGUCCUGGUA